GCGGCUGCCCAUCCAGCAACCUUCACGCCCUGUUGCUUCCCGCCUCAGACCCAGUGUCAGUCUGCCCCACCUCCGCUGCUACAUACGCUUUGGGUAGCGCUUCCUUUGUCUCGUCUCUGGCAAGAUCCCCGCUGCUGGCGGCGGUUCAGCAAUCAUUGGGAAUCGACGCUGAUCCAACGGAUUUCUGUAUAUUGUGGUUAGACUCCAGAACGGUGUGCGGCCGGUCCGCCUUUUGGAUUUUGUAUAGUUGUGUGGCACAGGGAUGUCUGUUCAGCAGUACGGCAAGAAAUUUCCAAUUCUCCUUCGGACACCUUCGCCACGAGGCCAGGUGGAGUUGUUGGAAACAAUAGGAAAGGGCAAUUAUGGUUAUGUAUAUAAGGGCCGAUUACUGGCAACCGGCGAGAUUUCCGCUGUAAAGGUCGUUUUUCUUAAGGAAGAUGAGCUUCGAGAAACGCUUUUAGAGAUGGAGAUUCUGAAGGCAUGCGAACACCCAAAUGUCACAAAAUAUAUGGGAUGCUUUCUAAAAGGGUUGGAUUUAUGGAUUUGUAUGGAGUUUUGUGGAGGUGGAGCACUUGACUCUUUAUAUCGCGCCCUGAGGAAACCGCUGUCCGAAGACCAAAUUGCAUCUAUUCUUUACGAAUCCGUGACAGGAUUGGACUAUCUGCAUAACCAAGUGGCUCUAAUUCAUCGAGAUAUCAAGGCAGGCAACGUACUUCUAACCGAGAACGGGGAAUGCAAGCUCGCGGAUUUCGGGGUGUCCGCCAAGUUGAACAAUGUUGGUGGCCGGGCACGAACAUUUAUCGGAACUCCAUAUUGGAUGGCUCCGGAAGUCAUUAUGACAGACCCUGAGAGUGCAACACAUAAUACCGCGUCAUACGAUGCAAAGGCAGACAUUUGGUCCAUUGGCAUUACGGCCAUUGAAAUUGCAGAGAAAAAUCCGCCACUCUCCGAUAUCCAUCCUAUGCGAGCACUGUACUUAAUUCCGAAUUCAGAUCUUGGAUUGGCAAAACCUAAAAAUUGGUCAAAAACAUUUCAAGAUUUUAUUGCAGCUUGUCUGAUAAAAGACCCGGUGAAACGUCCAUCAGCAGCACAGCUUUUGCAGCACCCGUUUUUGGCAAAGGCUCGAGGCCUUCCACGACAAAAGAUUCUGAGUGACCUGGUAGCGAAGGCUAGAAUAGCACGGGAAAAGCGUAAGGCCGGGUAUGAUGUUGAGGAUGAGGAAGAAGAAGAGGAGAAAAAGGAAGAAGUCCCAUCGAAGAUUGUGGCUGAGACAAUCAAGCAAGCGAAACAGGCUAAGCAAACUGCUCAGCAGGUGCAGCAACAUCAAAUGCAAGUUGCAGCCGUUGCGUCACCGGUACCAACACCCUCAACUGUACUUCCCAUCGCCGAUUUCCCAAAGUUUGUGGAUAGCAUAUCGAAUCCUGCGGCCCGUAUAUUGAAACCUAUGGCUAUCGGAGGUCUAAUGCGAAUUGAGAUUUUGACAGCGGACAUGCUUGACAAGCAAUACGUGCUUGUUGGUGGAGAGAAAGGAUUGUUCUUCAUUGAUUUAUCUCAACCCCAGGAAAACCAGGAGCUUGUCCCCUUGAUACGUAAUACCCGAUUCAAACAAAUCGAAGUACUGGAGGAUUACGGCGUUAUGGUUGCCUUGUCCGGAAAGCAUGAUCACAUCAGGCAAUACAAGCUCCCAUCUCUCCGAAAGUUGAUCAGAUACCUUCAAGGUACAAGCCCGCAGCAGCUCGCCAAAAUGAACAUGGCUUCUGUUGAGUCUCUCAGCAGCGCUGCUGGUAGACAACCGACAAAUACCUCACAAACGCCGUCUUCACCCGCCGUGUCGGAUGCUGAUGAGGACAUGUACCGCGCACUUCAUGCAAACGUGAUUGAGGAUGAGGCUGUGUUAGUAACGAGAUGGGCAAGCGACUAUAUCAAAAUCCCAGGGACUAAGGACUCGAAGGCCUUCAAAGUACAGCAAACUGAGACGUCGAUUUUCAUGGCGGUCUUGUUCCGGCAAGAUAUUAUAAUGUUUGAAUGGGCAAAAGAGCCAUAUCUGAAAUUCAUGAAGCUGAAAGCUUUCUGGUUGCCAGAAGGGCCUAAAUUUAUGCAACUACUGCAUGAUGGACUGGUCGUACGGGAAAUCUUUUUAGGCUACUCUUCUGAAGCAAACUUGGUGAAUGUGGACGAUAGUCGCGUCAAAGAAAUCGAUGUGCAGCGCGAUUUCCGAGAAAAGGCCGGAAAGGGUAAAGCUCGAUGGCAGACUUUUGUUCAGAUUCCAUUUUCGGAGGCAAAACGGAAUGAGCUUAGGACGCUCACUCGGAAUGCAGCCGUUACUGUAAAUCGGAAACUCGCUGCGGUUGCGGGUGCAUCAACCAUGCGAGCUGGAAGCGCAAGCGCGGGAAUGCGUGUGGAUCGGUAUUUCCUGGGGACUUAUCAUCGACUGACACGAGUCGUGGACCUCUUCGGGCAGCCCAUGAUGGGCAGUGGCGUUGGCGGAUGGAAAGACGGUGUAAUGUGGAGGGAAACGCCUGCAGAGCUUGUUCUACGACCGGUCGAUUGGGUCAUAGGAGUUGGGCGAAGUGGUGUGGAAGUAGUGGAUUGGCGAACCGCUAAAUUACUCCAGACCUUGACCGUAGAUGGGGCAACGGGAUCUGGCGAUAUUGGCAUGAGGCUAUUAACUGGCCGCGACAGAGGCCUGUUUGUGGUGAUAGAGCGACGGAAGAGAGGGUGCGUCCUUUAUCAUCUGAAAGAGAAGGAGCGACCAAAGAAUGAAAGUGAUGCUGGGGGGAGAGAGGGUGGUAUGGAUGGCAGUGGCCUUCGCGAACCACCAUUGAGUGGCGAGUCGCAUCCUUCUUUCUCAAAUCAACCUGCGGCUGCUGUUGCCAAUGGUCCUACGGAGUCGAUCGUUGGCCAGAUGCAAGUGCUCUCCGUACAAGACACCGCUGAAUUGGCCAAUGGCGGUGGUUCCCCACCUAAAGUUGCAGCGGCAUCGCAACACCAACGCCUGGGAAAUCAGCCCAACCUUGUGCCAUCAGACAAUAGAGACGCACAACACCUGCCCAAAUCGCCGUCCGGCCCUGUUCCGACCGCGAAGUUACCGGAAGUGCCACAGUACGAAGCCUCUCAGCAGCCAACUGUGCAUCCGAUCCGAACGGUAUCAAAUGCGUCGUCAUUAUCUUCCAGUAAUAGCUCUGCACCAGUAUCUCCGCGUCCUGGUGGAAGUCCAGCAGGAUCGCCGGCUCAGCAACGACGAACAGCUGGGGAACACCCCCCUCAACAUCAGCAGCAUCAACAUGCGUAUCAGCAGCAACAUCCGCACCGACCAAUGACACCCCAAGAGCAGCAAUACUAUGCCCAACAACAGGCAAUGGCUGCAGAUCCAAGAUAUGCACAGUACAUCGCCCAGCAGCAACAGCAGCAACAACAGUACUAUGCACGGGCAGGUUCACCUGUCGACCCACGCUAUGCGGCGGAUCCUCGAUAUGCCGCGUACUAUGCUCAACAACGACAGCAGCAACAAUUGCUACUACAACAACAGCACCAACAGCAACACCAACUCCACCAACAUCACCAACAAGGGCCACGCCCCCCACAAGCUGGAGGACCGCCGGCGGCGGCGAAUGGCGGUUCUCAACGAUACCCGAAUGAUGUUGACACUCUCCGUAGUGCCGCAUCAUCAGCAUACGGGUCUGCGCCAGGAGGGUACCAUCCACAAGGCCAUAGGCCUGCCGCUCCUGCCGGGUACGGGUACGUGCAGGGCCAUCCGCAGGCUCGAACUCAACCACAGCCACAAGGGUAUGAUCCCCGGUACAUGCACGAUCCACGCUAUGCGCAGCAGCAGCAGGCCAUGUAUGCGGCUGCACAAGGUCGUGCACCAGCACACGCCCAGCAAGCUGUUUUUGGGUAUUAUCCUAGGCCACCGGCGCAGGGGCGUGUGGUUGGAUACGAGUAUGGUGGCGACGAUGCUCAGGAGAAUGAAGGAGAGCGCAGACAAUAGAUUAUUUGAAGAUAGAUUUUGGGACGAUCUUUGUCGGGAUAUGUAUUGCAGGGACUUUUAUGUUUUUUUUUUUUCACUCCUGCUGCAUAAAGGGUUCAUUUUUGCCUUACUACUAUGUUGGAGUUUUGUUAGAAUCAUUGUGUGCUUUGGGUAAUUGGCCACCAUUCAAGUGAAUUGUAAAUCAGCCAAGUUUAAAUCACCGGCGAAGAACUUGAUAGCUUGUUCAACAUUCUCGCAAGAUUGCAUUAUUAGCCGUCCAGGAGUGAGCAGUAUCCUGGCCGUGAAGACAGAUGUGACAUACCCCAUGACUAAAAAGAGC